AUGGGGAGGAAGAUGCUUGCUGAUGGAGAGCUUGACAAGGCGACUUCUGAGGAAGCCACCUAUGAUUUUGAUCUGUUCGUCAUCGGUGCCGGGAGUGGCGGUGUUCGCGCAGCUAGGUUUUCGGCUAACAAUGGAGCUAAGGUUGGUAUUUGUGAGCUUCCAUUUCACCCCAUUAGCUCAGAGGAGAUUGGAGGAGUUGGUGGAACCUGUGUUAUUCGUGGUUGUGUCCCUAAGAAGAUUCUCGUCUAUGGGGCAACUUAUGGUGGUGAACUUGAGGAUGCUAGAAAUUAUGGGUGGGAAAUAAAUGAGAAUGUCGACUUCACAUGGAAGAAGCUUUUGCAAAAGAAGACUGAUGAGAUACUAAGGCUGACUAAUAUUUACAAGCGGUUAUUGGCCAAUGCUGCUGUGAAAUUGUACGAAGGUGAAGGAAGAAUAGUUGGUCCCAACGAAGUGGAGGUGAGACAAAUCGAUGGCACGAAAAUAAGCUAUACCGCGAAGCACAUAUUGAUUGCCACUGGCAGCCGAGCACAAAAGCCCAAUAUUCCUGGACAUGAGCUGGCUAUUACAUCUGAUGAAGCUUUAAGCUUGGAAGAGUUUCCUAAGCGUGCUGUAGUGCUUGGAGGAGGGUACAUCGCUGUGGAGUUUGCAUCAAUUUGGCGUGGAAUGGGU